AUGGGCCGCCGCAGCACUAGAGGGAUCAAAAAAAGCUAUGUCGAGGAGCACCUUGCCCUUGAUGACGAUGAUGAGCCCAUCUCUGUUCCUGAUGAUCAAUCCAAAGAUGACGACUUCGAUGCCCAGGCAGAGGGGGCUGUCCACGACGUAGACGAGGACCAGGACGAGGAAGAAGAGGUAGAACAGGCUGAGCCCACCAACGAUGAAGACGGAAGAUCAGACGAUGAUGGAGCGGGGAAAGCCAAAGAUGAGCCAGCCCAGGCCAAGAAGCAGCGCAACGCUGGCGUCGGCAUGGUCCAGAGCCGGAAGAACUUCCAUGAGAUACCCCAUUACCCUUUGGAAACGCGCAUCGUCACACGCGUCUACGCCGGCCCACUGAGACGGUACGCUCGAUACAGCGCCCUGCGCGACGCCAUGUACGGCCCAGAGUACCAGAGAAUCAAGAUUAUCUGGGACUUGGAGAUUCGAUGGACACACUUCCCAGUGCUACCCCCAAUGCUCCCACCCGAGGAUCCGCAGGGCGUCAUUCCGAGCCCCUGGCUACCGCGAGGCUUUGAGAGGCAUCACAAGCAAAGGGGAGCUCUUUGGUACGAUACAUAUCAGACCAAUUCACCAAAUUUCCAGGUUACUCGUGCGCUUUCGCCUAAGCAGGCACAAGUUUUCAUUCCCCAGGCCGAUGGCGAUCUCACUACGCUCAUUGGUCCCUGGGACAAGCAAAAAGAGUUCCGGCUCAGCCAGAGCGGGGGUCUGUCACUCUCCUCGUCAGGCCUUCCUAUUGAAGAUCCUGAUUCAACCGAUCAGACGUCAAAUGGCUGGAUGUUCGAUGUUGGGGGCAUUCCGCUCGCUGCGGCCUGGGCUCCAACGGCCAGACAAGAUUUUCAAGUGCUCGCAAUAGCAACAAUCCCAUUCUCAGACCAAGAAUCAACCCAAUCCGAAGACCCGAGCACAGAAGCAGCAGCGAAACGGACAGGAUCCAUCCAGCUCUGGGAAUUCGUCGCUGACAUGCCGGAAAAUCGGUUGGCCUCACCCUCCCGACGGCCGCCCAGGUUUCUCGGCGCACAUUGCUUUGACUGGGGGAGACCCAAACGCCUCCAGUUCUGCCCCGUCCCGCUGGAUUCCUCUGGCACGUACGGUAUCAUGGCAGUUCUCUGUGGUGAUGGGAAGGUUCGGGUCAUCGAUGCUAAGUAUGCUGAUGACGCCGACGUUCCCUUUUAUGGAUGGAUCGAAUCGCCCAUGGUUACCCUCGGCCUGUUGGAUGAUUACAGCGUGGAUGUGACGUGCCUAAGUUGGGUUAAUACGAACAGGAUUGCGUUAGGUCACUCGGACGGUUCUAUCACGCUAUGGUCGAUCUUCCCUCAACGGCUUCUACAUCGCGUUGGCGUACACACCACCUACGUUAUCGACAUCUGCUCUGCAUACCCUUCGAAUCCUUACCUGAUUGCCUCGAUUCCCGUCGGCGGGUGCGCGACGCUCACCGACUUGUCCCAGCCGAGCUCAGAAUUCACAUACUUCCCAGUUCCCGCCAUUAGUUUCCAGCCAAACCUGUUAUGCUGGAAUGAGCCAAUGCAGGGUUUCAUGGCUCUUUACCCGUCGUCAACACCCAACACUACUAUUGCCUUCCUCCACCAUCGCUUCUUCUGCCAGGCACGAAGCAUCUGUACAGGUCCGAAUACUCUGACCUGCGUCUCGGCUGGGGCGACGCAUCCUUUCAUCCUUGUUGGUUGCGCUGACGGAUCUGUGUUCUCGUGCAAUGCGCUGCAAAAACUUUUCAAGCAAAAGGGCGAGCCACUGCGAAAGAUCAGAAUAUUCGAACACGAGUACAGACCCAUCGAGCCGGGAAUCCCCGCGAACACGAAUGGAUCCGAUGGACUUAGACUUAGAGGGGCUGUGAGGAUCUUGCAGGGCUUCCUUCCAGAGGUCAAUGACGAUCCGCGGACGGAGAAGCGGAAGGAAAUGGACAGGAAAAAGCGAGAGGAGAAAAUCAAGAGGACCGGAAAGAUGAAGGGGCGUUCCAAGUCAACGGGAGAAGGCGAAGACGAGGAUGACGACCGUGAAGCCGAACUGGACGAGAGGCUCGCAUCUCGGGUGGUCACUCAUGAACCCCUGACGCGGGUGACGGUGAUUGCAUGGAACCCAAACGUGCAAUUCAGCUGCUGGGCGGCAUGCGCAAUGGCUUCAGGGUUGAUCAAAGUCAUGGACCUUGGAGUGCGGUGA